AUGUUCCCGGCAGAUGUUGUUGUCGGAUGGGUUAAACAGGGUCGGAUAUUUUUCCAGGAUAGACACUCUACAGGGCAUACCGAACCUCUAGUGGACGCGUCACAGGAUUGGUUCGUUCUCCACGGAGAGGAAAAUGGAAUUGGAACAAUUAUUAAAACAAUCCGGAAACUGGAUACUAAGGACUCUGAUGACGUCAUGAUUACGAAUGGAACAAUAAACGUAAUAUAUGCUUAUAGCGACUAUGAGCCCCAAACCGAGGACGGGAAGUUAAGACACCAUAGUCAGAGGGGAUAUAAAAGUUUGGUGUUAUUAACAGAGUCAGAUAUGACGAUGAACUCGCAUCAUCGGCCCUCAAUCUCCCAGACCCCACUACCUUACAUCACAAAGUCUCCGUCAACUGAAAUCAAUGCUCAACAAUACUGUCCACUCGGCAAACCAACAGAAAAAUACGAAUACCAGAGCGUCAUCGAUUCAGAUGGAAAGUACCUCUUGUUCUGGAACGUGAAUAAAACUCACAUUACAUUUGAGACACACGUAGAAACUAAGGGUUACGUCGGAUUCGGACUGUCGCAUAACGGGAACAUGUACCCUGCUGACGUCAUUAUUGGCUGGGUGAAGGAUGGUGUCCCCUACUUUAAGGAUCGCCACACUGUUGGACACUCUCCUCCUGUGGUGGACGUGUCUCAGGACUGGCAUCUUCUCUACGCUAAGGAGGACAACUGUCACACUGUCCUUAAAAUGACCAGAAAGUUGGAUACUUGUGAUAACGACGACUUCAAGAUCUCGGACAAUACCGUAAAGAUAAUUUAUUCCUUCCAUGCCGAAGACCCAGCGGAUGAGUACAAUAUACCAUAUCACGGCAUGACCAGGGGGACCAGGAGCCUGUUAUUGUUAUCUAAAAUAUCCCCUCCUACCAUACCCAAUGACUCUAAAGAUAUUUAUAUUUUAAACAGAAACUUUGAGGUUCUGGUGGACAAGGGCCACGAAACCUUGGUACAUCACGUACUGGUUCAUAAAUGUCCAGGGAUAGAUAGAAACCUCAUAGAUUCUCCAAACUAUGUCUGCUACGACAACCCCGACCUCAUGAAACGACCAUGUGGACACAUAAUAGUGGUCUGGGCUGUAGGAGCUGAAGCCUUUUAUUACCCGGAGCAGGCCGGUCUACCAAUUGCCGAGCCGGGGGAUAAUGACCUGUUUAUAAUGGAGACUCACUAUAACAAUCCACAACUCAGGAGUGACUUUGUUGAUAACUCUGGCGUUCGUCUGACCGUGACCCCAACACUUCGCCGUUAUGAUGCUGGCAUCUUGGAAAUUUCUGCAUUUGUUGACAAGAGUCAAGUCAUUCCACCCCAUCAACCCAAAUUUGUCACAACAGGGUUCUGUCCUCAAGCAUGUAUGCACGAGGGUUUACGCAGAGAACCAAAUGGCGUUCAGGUCUUCGCUGUACAACAGCACGCCCACCUCCUGGCAAGGGGUAUUCGAACCCGACUGAUUAGAAAAGGAGUAGAGCAGGAACCGUUGGCAGACGACGCACAUUACGACUUCAAUUAUCAGGACUUCCGACGAGUCAACAGAACGCUAAAAGAUGGAGGAUUUUCCACGACAGAAGAGAUGUGUGUUUCCUUCCUGUUCCACUAUCCCCGGAUAAACGCGAUGAACUGUAUCAGUAAGCCCCUGUAUGAUCACCUUCAAACAGACUCCGACCCAAAGCAAAUGUAUAGGGCGGAUCUUACCGAUAUGUUUUUACAUAUGGACUGGAAAAACUCAACUGUUGUCAAUCAGUUUCAUGAGAGUCUUGCAUCAUCUACGUAUUUCAUGCUUUGUGGCUCAAUUUUUCACCAAUACCGAUCCAACUUCACCAAUGCCCACAACGAAUAUCCCAGAGUUCGAUACAUGGCGCCCGGAGAUGAGUGCAGAACUUAA